AUGAACAACAAUAACAUACUUUGUUCUGUCUUUACAUUUUCUGUUUCCUCAUUUGAUCUUUUGUUUCUUUCCUUCUUUUAUCUUUCUUUUUAUUUUCCUUCUCUCUCUUGUAUUUCUGUUUCUAUCUUUUUCAAAAGCUCAUUUUACUUGUCUGGCUGUUCUUUACUUUUGUAUUUGUCUUUCUUUCUCCUCUGUCUUUCCUCCUCUUCUUAUUUCUUGCUUUUUAUUCCCAUCAUCCCUUCAACUGUCACAUCUUCUUGUUUUUCUUUUUUUUCUCCCCUUUUUUUUUCCUAUUUUUCCUCCUACACUAACCUUAUUUUUCUUCCUCCUAUGAUUUUUCUCUUAUUCCUGUUUUCUUCAUGCUUUUCCUCCCCCACUCACUUCUUCCUCUUGUGUUCCUGCCUACUUCCUCUGCAUUGUUUUUCUUCCUCUUCUCACUAUUUUUUUACCUUUUCUCAUAUUCCAGUUUUCUUUUUGCUUCUUUUCUUCCACCUCCCACUUCUUCCUGGCUUCUCUUCUACUCCUUAUUCUUUGUUUUUCUUCCUCUUCUCACUAUUUCUUUUUACCUUUUCUUUUAUUUCUGUCUUCUCCUUGCUGCUCUUCUUCCACCUUUCAUUUCUUCUUCAUGUCUUUCCUCUAUUUUUCUUUCCUUUUUAUUCAUUUUUUUCUUCAUUUCAAUAUUUUCCUUUUUUACACUUAAGACAUUUGGAUAUUUUAUGUCAAAUUUAUUUUUCAUUUUUGCUUCCAAGGAUAUUUCAUCUAUUAAACUAUCAACUGACCAUACAGAAUUGUACAAUUCAUGUCAAAUGCAUAUGCAGAAAUACUUAG